AUGGCAUCAGAUCGUCUGGUCUUUGUACCCCCUUUGAAUAAGAGAAUUGUCGUCCCUCUACAUACCACUUCCUUGACUAUUUACUGCUUGUGUCCUGAUGUAACAACCCUACGUGCACAGGUGGAUGAUUCGAAACAAAAACUUGAUUUAGAUUUUACUGAAAGCAAGAUCAAAACAAUUUCGUCUACAUCCAUCGAAGUAGCAAUCUUCGCAGACGGCGCGACCAAGCACGGCAAUCUGAAUAUCUUAUCAUCAAUAAAAGACAGAGGGACCGACGAGAACUUUAUUACCGAAAUCUCAUUAUCCGAGGACGAAGAACUCAAAAGCCAAAGGGUAGCAUGGUUGAAUGUUGAUGACUGGGAAGGCUGGGCUUGGUACCGUCCUCGCGAUACCUGGAUCGAGGUCAGAUAUACAUCUCUAGUGAAAUUGGACAGCCAGACUCCUAGUCACAGUCUUUUAUUGCGCCCAACAAACCCGGCUAUCGACCCAGGUGCCAUCUUAGCUGUUUUCCCAGCGUCUACGGCGGAGGCAUUUGUGACUCUCAGUGCAGCUCGAGAUGGGGAAGUACCAGGCGUAUAUGCCAGAGUUCGACGAGUACAAAAAGGUGGGAAGAUAGAAGUCUGCAUUACUGGAAAACUUCAUAUAAAUCAAGGCACUAGAAAUGUCAUGCGCGAUGCUAUACAUCUUGCUCGAAUAAAGUAUGGUCUUCCCGCUGAUGCCUCUUUCAUUGAGGAGAAGACCGGCGAGACACCUUUUGAUCGUCUGGGAUUCUGUACUUGGAGCAGUAUUGGGGAGAACAUACCUCUUACAUACGACUUGAUGGAUGACUUGCUUACGAAGCUCAAUCGUGACAAUGUUCAAGUUGGGACGUUUCUUAUUGAUGACGGUUGGCAGGAUAUCCGCUAUGGGCACAAUGGAAGCCCUAAACACCGGGGAUUGUGGAGCUUCAGAACAUGGCAAGGCAUGAAAAGUAGCCUUGCCGAUAAUGUGUCAUUGAUCAAGAAGAAAUUGCCAAUGGUCAAGGAUGUGGGAGUCUGGAUGACAUUGGCCGGCUACUGGAACUCGGUGUCUCCUUACUCCCCACUAGCUCGCAAGUACAAUAUGCGAAUGUAUCCAAUUGAUAGAAGCAAUGUACUCGGUAUUGAGUGGCCAGAUGAAGCCGAUGAUCAACAGACUGGCACAAUACCAGACCCUGAGCUGCGUGCUUACUUCCUUCCUCCACCGCACCGGGCGUUUGACUUUUGGAGGGAUUAUUUCCAGACUCAAGCAGACGUAGGUGUGACAUUCGUGAAGGUUGAUAAUCAAGCUUAUGGUUCCUAUUUGGAAGGAGUGGAAGGUGGCGAAGAGUUCGUCGCGUUAUGGAACAAUAUGAUCAAAGCCGCAAACCAAAUCUUCGGGAAGAAUCGUGUCAUCCAUUGCAUGGCUCACUAUGAGCGCUUUUUCAACGGUGAUAUUGGUAUGGGUGUGGCAACCAAUGGUGAAAAGGUUAUCAUUCGAAAUACAGAUGACUUUGGUCUUUCACGCCCUAAUAUCCAUCGCAAUCAUAUCCACUAUAACCUUUACAACGGAGUGCUGCUAUCAAAUCAGUGUCUCUAUCUCGAUACUGACAUGUUCAUGACGAGUGCCCAAUGGCCAGAGUACCAUGCAGUUCUCCGAGCGUUUUUUGACGGUCCUAUAUUCCUUGCCGAUAAACCUGGGGUUGGAGACUUCUCAGUUCACAAAAAGCUGACAGCUCGAUGCCCCGGAGAUCUGGUACCGAAUCGAGUAGUUCGCGCAAAGAAUAUCAUCUGUCCACUCAGUCGAAAUGUUUGGGAAGACACUUUAGGUCCUGGUCGAGGACCACCUAUCAAAGCGUCGUCGUAUGACUCAGAAUCUCGGGCAGCAUCGAUUGUACUCUGGAAUGGUCGUUCAGAUGCAGUGGACAACAGCAUAGAUAUCAUAUUCGAAGGUGAUAUUUUGGAUGUGCUGAGAGACAAUAUUUUUCAUGGUACUUGGGAGGGAGUAAUCUGGGCUUGUAACGCUGCUACUGCUAUUCCUGUUGAAAUCUCGAACCACCCAGCAUCACUAUCUGUUCAUGAUAUUCUUGCAUCGACACCCGUUUUGGCUACAUCGAUCAAGCCCAAGGGCUAUGAAAUCUUGACAGUGGCACCUUACAACGUCUUGGGUACGGCCAAGGUAGCUGUUAUUGGCCUGGUGGACAAAUACGCUGCAUUGGCCGGUAUUCAAAGCAUAACUGUGCAGGAAUCCUCUCUCGUGGUAGAGACAAAAUACGAUGGCAUACUUGGUUUCAUUGUGAAGAGACUAGGCGCUGGAGGGUUUACAUCCCGAAUAGAUGGCGAAUCGACCGAGACUCAGAUCAACUCUGUUUCUGAUGGCCUACAGCUUGUUCAAGUGGACUUCACUCAAGCGCCAUCCCGUCCAAGUCAGAAGACUUGGAGUGUGACCUUAUCUCUUAGUUAG